UUUAAUUUCAAAGAUUUUGGCUCGUGCCCUUCUUUAGUCAAUGAAACUGUUCCGUUUUGUUUCAGUUGUCCUGGUAACAGGGAGCGAGAGCCAAUCAGAGGCGUCCCGACCCUCGCUCAUUAAUAUUAACCAGCAGGAUGUGAGUAGGUCGUGCGGCGGUGCUCCCUGUGCGCAGGCGCGGAGUUCUGCCUCCAACAACAAGAAGCAGGAGCCAGGCAACAUGGCCGACCUGGGGAAGAAGUACUGCGUUAACUGCCUCGCAGAGGUUACAAACCUGCGGCUUCGUUGCACCGACUGCCCGGACAUCGAGCUGUGCCCGGAGUGCUUCUCUGCGGGAGCAGAACUCGGGAAUCACCGCAGAUGGCACGGCUACCAGCAGGUCGACGGCGGGCGGUUCUCCCUCUGGGGUCCCGAGGCAGAGGGAGGAUGGACCAGCAGGGAAGAGCAGUCGCUGCUCGAUGCCAUCGAGCAGUAUGGAUUUGGAAACUGGGAGGAUAUGGCUGCUCAUGUUGGAGCAUCCAGAACUCCUCAGGAAGUCAUGGAGCAUUACGUCACCAUGUACAUCCAUGGAAACCUGGGUAAGGCGUGCAUCCCCGACAGUAUUCCCAACAGGGUGACGGAUCAUACCUGUCCGAGUGGGGGGCCUCUAUCACCCAGCCUCACCACCCCGCUCCCUCCACUCGAUAUCAGCCUGGCUGAGCAGCAACAGCUGGGCUACAUGCCGCUCCGUGACGACUACGAGAUCGAGUAUGACCAAGAUGCAGAGAAGCUGAUCAGCGGGCUGUCGGUGAACUAUGAUGACGAGGACGUGGAGAUUGAAAUGAAACGGGCUCAUGUUGACAUGUACGUACGCAAGCUUCGAGAACGGCAGCGACGCAAGAACAUCGCACGAGACUACAACCUGGUGCCUGGAUUCCUGGGCCGAGACAAGAAAGACAAGGAGAAAGAGAAACCAGGAACACUGGGGGUGAUCGGCACUGCUGCUGGAGUGGGCGGGGUGGGAGCUGGCAGUGGCACAGCUGGAUCAGGAUCCACGACAUCAGCAGGAUCAGGGCCUGUUCCGAGUACGCCUAAAAGGAAGAUCACCAAGGAGGAGAAGGAGCAGAGGGUGAGGCUUAGAGGGCUCUGCCAGUUCAUGGCCCAUCGAGAGUUUGAAGAAUUCUUUGAGAACAUGCAUAAAGAGCGAGCGCUGAGGGCGAAGGUGCGUGAGCUGCAGCGCUACCGACGGAAUGGCAUCACCCGCCUGGAGGAGUCGACAGAAUAUGAAGCGGCGCGCCACAAACGAGAGAAACGCAAAGAGAACAAAAGUGUUGUCACUUCCAAACGUGGCAGCGGAGGAGGGGGUGGGUUGGGCUCUGGGAUCGGACUUGGAGGAACUGGGGGUGGUGGAGGUGUCGCUGGAGGAAUGGGCGUUGGCGGUGGAAUCAAAGAAGAGAGCAAAGAUGGCGAGUUUUCAGCGAUUGAGAACCUCACUGGCUUCGAGCUGCUGUCAGACAGAGAGAAGGUUUUAUGUAACUCCUUGAACCUCAGCCCAGCACGCUACCUGACUGUCAAAACCAUCAUCAUCAAAGACCACCUGCAGAAAAGGCAGGGCAUCCCCGCUAAGAGCCGGCUGCCCAGCUACCUGGACAAGGUGCUGAAGAAGAGAAUCCUCACCUUCCUCACAGAGAGCGGCUGGAUAUCCAGAGACGCCUCUUAGCUAACAUCUCUGGACGGUAUGAGCUGAUGAUCCACUCCACAGGGAGGACAAAACUGCUGUCACUCACCUUUUUUUUUUAAAGGUGAACUUGUAAAUAUGUACAUGACAAGAAAAGAGGAUGCCCCACUGGAAAACAUAUUUUCAUACUAGGGCUGGGAACAAAAUGAAGCUUAUAUUUCUAAGUUGGAAUGGGACAACACUGUGGGUUUAAAGUACUUUGUCUUUGCAAACAAGCGUUAAUAAGUACUUUGUAAAUUUGAGUGUUAUUACAUCAGAUUUAUUGAAGAUAUCUUUGGGGAAAGACAGAAACAGGACUAAAGUUGGAUAAAAAAAAAUGCUGGAGAUGUUGAAGGCAUAUAGUAGGUGAAAAUUUCACAGAAUGGCUCUCCACUUAGCAACUUGAAUCACCCAACUUUUUAAACAAAACAAAAAAAUCUCAAAAAAGUGUCUAAAGCACAGCUCAGAAAGCAGCUUAAAGCCUCCCAGUUUACUCUGCUGCAACUAAAGGAGACGAUGCAUUGUUUCCAUUGCAACAACUCUCACAGUUGGUCAAUCCAAAGCAACUCAUUUAUGAAGUUACCACACAUUAAAUCUAUCUCUACAAGACGGACAGUAUUUUGAUUUAAAUAUUACUUCCUGCAUUUUUAUCACAUUGAUAAUGCAUACAUAUAUUACAUGUAUAAUUCCCCCUCAUCUCCUACUCAUAUGUCAUUACCAUCCUAGCAUGGCAGCCAAAUUUUGCAGCACAUAUAAACACAAAAAUUCUUUACUUGCUCAGUCUUGUUAUAAGUAUGUUUUCACUGACAAAUUUAGCUCCUUAGCCUUGAAUCUCUCAUGUAUUAGCUCAUACAGUGCUGCCUACCUGCUUACAUGCACAGCUGAUGUUAGGUAUAGGUGUUUUUAUUUUGCAGAAAUUUCAGUUUGGAAAGGUUUAAAAAAAAAAAGUAUAAUCAUUCCUAGAAUUAAUUGUAUGACUACCCAACAUAAUAAUCUAUUUUGAAAAAAUAUUUUUUUGGCAUUUAUAGAUUUUUAAAACCAGACUUCCAUUUAUUCAAAAUUUUCAGCUUGUAACAUCCUGCAACCUUGUGUCUGCAACUUACAAACUCAGCAGCAGGCAACAUCAUCAGACAGUUUGAUUUUAACUGCAAAGGCUUGGUUCAGACAGUUGCAACAUUAAGAAACAGUCUUUGUGAACCCUGAAUCUUUCUUAAUAGUGAAUGCAACAUUAGGUGAUUUGACUGUUAUUGCAUCAGAUUUAUUGGAGGUAUUUUUGGAGAAAAAGAAACUGAAAUGAACUGAAAAUGUCAAAGCCGUAUGCUGGGUAAAAAAUUAACAUAAUGGCUCCCCUAGGUAAUAGAAUUAAUGUGUACACUGUAGAUGAUUUUAAAGAUCCGUCAAAAUUUUGCAUAUUAUUUGAAGCAGAAAUUUCCUCCAAGAUUCAGCAGCUUAAAUCGCCUAGUAUUUCAAAUCAAAAAUCCUUUUCUUUUUUCAUUUGAGAAAAGGAAAAGCAACAUUUUAAAACCAUGAUGCAGCUUUGUAAAAGCCAGACUAAAACAUAAUAGGGAUGUGCAAUGAGUUUCCCAUUUCAAACAGUCAGUUUAUUCAAAAAAACUGCAGAUUUUUGUGACCAUCAUAUCAGUUUAAAAACACUUUUUUUUUUUUUUUCACAUAAUUUUUACCGACCCUUUGUUGUGGUUUAUUAUCAUGUCCAUAUGGUGGCUGUAGAACUUCUGAAAACUUUUUGCCAACCACCAUUUCAUAAGAAAAGAAGAACACAACACAACUAUAGUGUAACAAAUCUAAGAGGUGCUAAGCUUGUAAGACAUGCUACUUUUCCUUCUUUUAACUUAAGAAAUGGGCGAUUUCACUUAACUUUGAGAUGACCAAUUAAACCAUCUAUUUAGCCUUGUGUUGUCAAGUUAAAUAGAUUGUUUCUUUAGUUAAGAUUUGCCAAACAUAGUGCUAAAUCUGUUGUGCAUUACGUGUUAGCAUCAAGCAAACAAAGCCAGAUCUCCAUCAUGGUCUAUCCCCUAGAAAUUGUAAAAAAAAAAAAAAAAAUGCCCAUGACAGUAGAAGAGAAAUUGCCCUUGAAAUGCACACAAAUUAAACUUGAAAGCAGCAGUUCAAACUAGACUGACAAAACCCACAAUUUCCACAGGGCCCAUGUCUGCAGCGCCCUGCUCCAACCAACAGUGUUCACCUUCCCUGUUUAGAGCUGCAACUGGAUCACAAAAUCACAAGUACACAUUGCAAUAAAGAAAACAAUAAACAGCAUGUUUCAUUACCGUAAAGGGUUGAUUUGCUGUUUGAUUGUACACUGUGUUGACUAUAUAUUGAAAUGGUGAUGGGAUAGACAGUGGGCAGCCUGUAUAUGGUGUUAUAUUUUAAGACUAAGAGGAUGCUUUGUGCGUUUCCGUGAUUGUUUUCCUGCUUGGGUUGAUCUGCUCUGUGCUGAUUGACGUGCCAUGACAGCUCUGCUGAAAAUAGACUCUUGCACAAAGCAGAGCAGAAACCAGAUGACAGAUCACUGAAAGAUUGACUAGAACAGGCGUGGUCUGUGCCGGGGUGCACAGGGCAGACGGAGCGCUGCAAAAACGGGCUACGUGGAAAUUAGGGAUCAAGCCUGACACACACUAAAAGAUUUUUAAAGCUAUGACUGAUUUUGAAAUUAUGAGAGACCCCCAUAGGCCAAUAAUGACGCUCCUCUAGUUGGUGGUGUGCGAUGAGAUGAUCAACAAAUCAUACACUUAACAGAUUAUUUUCACUGACGAGUUACCACUUUAAAAUCUUGCACUGUCAAAUGUGACUUUAGGGUAAAUAAGCUAAAUGUGGCUAGCUGUUUGCUACCUGCUACAAGUCUAUCUAGCUUUAUGUUUCAUAUUUUCUAUUGCCAUUGUGGCUGUGUUUGUUGUGCUUCCUCAUUUGCUCAGUUUGCUUCCUGAUUGGCUUUGGCUGUGAAUAUUUAGAAGCGGCUCCAAUCAAAUUGUAGAAACUGCAAAAGUCAAGAAGUUGCUCCUUCAUUUCUGACGUCCAUCUAACUUUUGCAUCUCAUGUUUUCUAUUGUCGCCGGCUGGGUUUGUUCUGCUUCCUCCCUCGCUCAGUUUGCUUCCUGAUUGACUAUGGCUAUGAGUGUGCGUCCGUUCAGUAUUAACAUGCGGCUCCAGUCAUCUUCCAUGCAUAUCAGAGAGGAAAGAAAUCACUGUUAACACUCCUCACCCCACAGGAAAAUCUGGCAAGAUAAUCUGUAGAACCUUCCAGUAAUGGGGUCUUUGCAGACUUUGGUAAGAAGGGGGAAAUCUUCCCAAAAAUUGGCACAAUAAUGUUGUUAUCUGCUUAAGAUGAUUUAGCAAACAACAUGAGAAGUAGCUAAGGGAAUGACAGCUGUUGAUUGUGGACUGUCAUUUUAAAUUCAUGAGUUUGAAUUCACCAUGUCUUUUUUUGGGGGUCCAACCAUGUUAAGAAGCAGCCAAACCUCUUCUUUUUACUUAUUGUCCUUCUAGAUGCAAACUAUGUUAAUAAAACUAGAGCUGAGGUUUAACAAGGAGAAUUAGACUAGUAAUUUACCUAUACAGAACUUCACAGAUGGUCUUUCUAACAGAUACCUGCCCUCAUUCAGAGUCGAUGAUUUUUGUCAGUAACCCCACAUUUGUCUUGAAGGCAGCUGUGGUGACUCAUUUUCAUUUUCUUCCUUUUUUUUCUCUGAGCGGAGCUGUGGCCGCAGAGCUAUUUAAAUGUAAAUGAAGUUAUUGAGUCGGCUGUUAUUUCUCAGCAGGAGCAGGGGCUCUACAAUCAUAAAGGAGAGAGGCGUGUGAAUAUGGGUUUUACCUAAGCUGGAAUAUGUCCUAGAUUCAUAUUUGUGCCUCAUUAAUUUGACUGAAACUGCUGGAAAAUUUGACCUUUUUUUUAGUUAACAUGCAUAAUAACUAGUGAUAGUGAACAUCUCUCUUACUGUCAAGAAAGCCUGUGAAAGGACUGAAACCAGCACUAAUCUUUACAUGUGUAGCAUGUUUUCAAAAGCUGAAAGCAGAUACAUGAACACGUGCAUUUAGAUAUUUCCAAAGUGAAUGUUUCUGCUACUAUAUUGCACGGAAAAUAUGUAUAACCUUGGCUGCAAAUUGUCCUCAAAUGCACUUUUAUUCCCAUUUGAGCCAUUUUUUAUUCAAGAACCGGAUGAGCAACCCACCAAGCUAUGAAAAAUAGAUCAUUUGCAUGCAGUGACACUUUCUUUAUGAAGGGCUAAGUCUUCUGAGUGCUGCACACAUGGUAAGAAUAUUAAAUUUUUCCGUUAUGGAUUGGUGAUACACCUUUAAGUUUUCAUGGGAUUUGCAGACAGUAAGAAAAACUUGCAGUUUUCAAAUUAAAAAAGGACUUAAUUUGGCUGAUUUUCUGCUUAAGAUUAGUGUUUGGCAUUCUUGCGCCACCAUUAUAGGAUGUCAAGGCUCAACUUCACUUUUAUGCUUUUGGGUUUUUUAUUCUGCUCAUCUGAAUGUUUUAGCUUGACUUUUCUUCAAUAUCUUCUCUGUAUUUUGUACGAAAUUGAGACAUUUUGCACCCAAAAUGUUCCCUUGUUGUAGACAUCAGGCCUGAUUUACCAAGAGUGGACUGCAGUAGCUAUUUGCUUCACAAUUUGUGUUUAAUUUCCUCCUGCUGUCUACAUCAUCUCAAGGUCUAAUUCACAAAACAAACAGUGCAAUGAUCAGAUGCAAAAAAAUGCCCCUAAAUGUGUCUUGCUCCGUGUAGUUUGAAUGUUUAGAGAAGCUAUCUGCAUCUUUACUCUGCAUAGAGCUGAGAGCGGACUUUUUGACUGUAUAGUGGGGCUAAACCUGAAAAUAAAAGCCAUGUUAUGUUUGUCACAGCAAGGAGUGAAGAGGGUUUGAGAGCGAGUUUGAUUCUUAUGUUGGGCAUUCUACUCCAAAUGAUGAUGCUCUCUGAUCGCUCUGUGGUCGGUAGUGUCUUGAUGUAUUUUUAGCACCAGCACAAUUAGAACCUUGCUAGAGGUGAUACCAGAACAGCACCAGGUAUCAUCCUUGAGAGAAAAUCAACAAAAAAAGAAACAAAAAGAGUCCAGAUGAGUAGAGCCAGUUAGUGGAUAAGCACCUUUCGAGGAUGCUUUUAAGCAUUUGACAGUAUCUUAUGAAACAAGUAUGUUUUUUAUUUUCUGCACAGGUUUAGCAGGUGCAAAAGCCUUGCAGUUGUGUUAUGAAUCAGACCCCCAGUCUCCAGAAUUAGCAUCGUGGUGGAAAAAUGGAGAAGGAUACAAAGAUGUAGAACAGCACUUAAUACUGACUGUAUUUUUUUUCUCUUUGUCAAAAUGUUUUAGGCAAAUUGAAGCUGAAUUCUUAUGUUAUAAAUGGAAAACCUGGUAGAUUUCCAGGAUUUCAGACUGUAGAGCACAUUGGCUAGAAAUACAAAGAAGCAAAUUCCCAAGUUGAUAUCUCAAAAUGUUCAGUUCUGUCUUUUAAACACUCAAGUCAGCCACCUCUGCUUCAUGCUGCUGUUUCUUUUAUUAGUGCUGCUGUGUCAAAAACAAUAGUGUUCAUGUUCUGAAUAGCCCGUUAGUAAAGACUAUAAUGCACCAGACAGCUUAUCUUCCAUUUUAGAGGAAGUAUGAGCAUGAAUGAAGUAUUGUACAGUAGAAAAAGUAUUUUUUAGAUCAUAUACCAGCGUACUAAGCCCAAAUCUAAACCAGAGAGUUCUAGAAAGAUGACUUUUGUCAUCAAAUUUAACCAAACAACUCAAAACUGUCCUUUAAAUCUGCCGUCUCUCUGUUGGUUGAAUGUAGGCUAAUGGAUAAAUUUUGAAUUCUCUGAUAGGCUUUUUGUCUGCAUGUACCAAAUGUUCUACAUUGUUCCAAAAUGGUGUGUUUUGGUGUAAAAGAACAGAAAAUACAGCUUUUUCUAUUUUUCCCCUGGUGUGGGACUGUUUUUUUUCUAAGGGGAGGGCUUGGUUUAUAAUGCCACAAAUUGUAAAUAGUUUUGUAAGAUAAAUCAGGGGGAAAAAAUUGAACUGACAUGUGAAAUGUACAGUAUUUUGUGUCACAGAUUUUUUUUAUAUAGCUUUUGUAAUAAAAUAGAUUUUGGAUUACAAAAAGGCGUUUUCCUGGGUGUUGUGAUGGCAUGCUGAUGACUGUUUUGUUGUGCUGUUACUUUGUUGAUGCAGAUAAGGUAUGGAGAUGUAUUAAAA